AUGGCUUCGAGAAUAUCGGUGAACAUUUUUUACGUGUACGACAAAUGUCCUACGUCUUUGUUCAAAGGAAUUUAUGUGAUUAAAAUGGCGAACGACAAGGUGGAAGAAAUCGAAUUUGGAUUAGAGACAAGAAUUGAAAACAGAAAUGAUAUAGACAUGAUAGUCAAAGAAUUUUCUGCUGUGACUGUUUACAUUAUGGAAAAAGAUAUAAUUUUGAGACUGACUGAUUCCGGCAUUAAAACAAUCAACCCGAAGAGGUCCAAAGGUAUUGCGUUCGAGGUAGUCAAAGGUGUCAUGGCUAGGUUAUCGAUCUUUGAUGGUGUCGAUGCGACAUUAUACUGUCCAACUAAAGAAAUUGGGGUCGCUAACGAUGCGGCCUUGAGCUCUGAUGUGAUAUUGCCCGAUUUUGCCACGUUGAUGACGAGAGACGAGAUUGACGUAAAGUUCGAAGAACGUAGAAGACGCAAAGAAGAACGUGAAAGCGGAAAAUUCACUACUCCGAUGAGAAACAGAACUUCGGUUUCAAACUUAAGCAUUAACUCAACACGUUUCACGAGCACAUCAAGUCCGAUCGUAAACAGUAAUAUGAACAGAAGAGAGAAAGAGAAAGCAUUGUCUAAUACAAUCGAGGAUAAAAUUAACGACAUGGAGAUAUUUGAUGAAGAUGAAGACUUAGAAUUAAAGGAUAAUGAAGACGAAGAUGAGGAUGAAGGAGGUGUUGCCAAGUUAUUAAUUGAGAUUUCAUCAUAUUCAAAUGACUCUUACGAGUUUUCGAAAUCAGAAGUAGCGGAACACAGUAUUGAAAAGUUGUCUGCUCCGUAUGUGACAGGAGGUUUAUAUAAACACGGAUCUGAUAAAAAGAACGGAAACAUGAUGUUUAAGAGAGUCAAAGGCUCAGGGCUGUGUGUUGAUUACCAUAAGAUUUUGCUCACCGAUGGAUCGAAGUACCUCUUAGCGAAAGCGAAGUAG